GUCGUGAGAGUGAGUGCCGGCGGCUCUUUGACGUGGCACUUCCCCAGCUGCUGGAUAGAACGUUGCACCGGAGCGCGAGUCCCGGCCACAGGGCAGCAGCAGCCAACUCACCCACUCACUCACCGGGCACCCCCAACACACACACAGAUAGACAGACAGAAGCACACGACACUCACCGAUCGCAAGAUUUUUCAAGGAUCCAGGGAAUGUGAAUAUUUUGAACAAAAAUGAGUCAACAAGGAUAUGUUGCCACACCACCUUAUUCUCAAGGUCAGCCAGGAAUAGGAGGAUAUCCAGCUGGGUUUGGUUCAACAACUUCACAGCCACAUUACGGCCACUACGGUGGAACAGGGCAUUUAAAACCAGUAUCUUCACCUCAUGGACCUUCCAUUUCUCUUGGUCACCCACCACCUUCUCCAGCGCAAUUCAGCCAAACUAGCCUCCAGAAUGGAGUAUAUAAUCCAGGAAACCAAAUGUCAAGCUAUGCCGCUUCUUCUCCAGGCACUCAGCCUCCUUCCUUCCAAUCCCAUGGCUCCCACCCACAGCCAAUGUACCAGAAUACUGCACCUGCUUCAUUCACACAGCAAGUCGUCAGUCAAAUUGGUGCCAUGAAAAUAAGUGGCUACGUAGGCUCUUCACAAGCACCAUCACAAAAUGACCCAUCACUACCUGGACCUCCGCUCCAGCCUUCAUUCCAAGGAUCUCACCCACAACAGCGUUUGCCUCAUAUUUCAUCUCCACCAUCCCAAGGAAUGUCUGUUGCCCCUGCUGUCCCUUUAGCUACAAUGCCGCCUGGAGGGGCUGUACCUCCCCCUCCAGGAAUGAACAUCAACCACGCUGGACUCAAUCAAGGCAGCAUUGGCUAUCAGCAGAUUCCCGGUCAGCCUCCCAUGGCUGGGUACCCACCACAGCAAGGAGGUAUUUAUGGAGGGCAGCAAAGGGGAGUUCAGCCCAAUUACCCUGGUGCCCCUGGAACUUAUCCAGGGGCACCAGUAACUGGUGGACAGCUGGCUGGACCUCCGCAGAAGAAACUUGAUCCUGACUCCAUUCCUAGUCCAAUCCAGGUCAUAGAAGAAGAUAAACUUCGAAGAUCAGGACAGCUUUUUGCAACAAAUUCUAGGGGACAGGUUCCUCCACUCGUUACCACUAAAUGUGUUGUACAAGAUCAAGGAAAUGCAAGUCCUCGUUUCAUUCGCUGUACAACUUACUGCUUUCCAAGCACAGCAGACAUGGCCAAGCAGUCACAGAUCCCGUUGGCAGCUGUCAUCAAGCCCUUUGCAGCCUUGCCAGCAAAUGAGGCACCAAUCUGUGUUGUAAACCAUGGUGAGACUGGACCCAUUCGUUGUAACAGAUGUAAGGCCUACAUGUCUCCAUUAAUGCAGUUCAUUGAAGGGGGACGGAAGUACCAGUGUGGAUUCUGCAGCUGUGUCAAUGAAGUCCCCCCAUUCUAUUUUCAACACUUGGAUCACAUGGGCAGGAGGUUGGAUCAUUACGACAAGCCAGAGUUGUCUCUUGGAUCCUAUGAGUUUGUGGCGACUUUAGAAUACUGCAAAAACAACAAGCCCCCUGCUCCACCAGCCUUCAUCUUCAUGAUCGAUGUGUCAUACAGCAGCAUCAAAAAUGGCUGCGUCAAGCUAAUAUGUGAGGAGCUGAAGACUCUGCUAGAUAAGUUACCAAGGGCAGAUGAAGCAGAGACUUCUGCCAUUAGAGUUGGCUUUGUCACUUAUAACAAGGUUCUCCAUUUCUACAAUCUUAAAAGCAGUCUUGCACAGCCACAGAUGUUAGUGGUGUCGGACACUGGAGAGAUGUUUGUUCCGCUAUUGGAUGGCUUCCUUGUCGAUGUCCACGAAUCACAAAAUGUUAUUCACAACUUAUUGGACCAGAUCCCUGAAAUAUUUGCUGAAACCAGUGAAAGUGAAACUGUCUUUGCCCCGGUAAUUCAAGCUGGACUGGAAGCAGUGAAGGCUGCAGAAUGCUCAGGCAAAUUAUUCAUAUUCCACUCGUCCCUGCCGACUGCAGAAGCUCCAGGAAAACUGAGAAACAGAGAUGACAGGAAGCUAGUGAAUACAGAUAAAGAGAAGGUACUCUUUCAAUCUCAGUCAAAUUUUUAUGAGACUUUGGCAAAGGACUGCGUGGCCAGUAGCUGCUGUGUGGAUGUAUUUCUAUUCCCAAAUCAAUUUGUGGAUGUCACAACCAUGGGAGUCGUGCCACUGGCUACUGGUGGUAGUUUGUACAAAUACAACAAUUUCCAGAUACAUUCUGAUGGUGAACACUUCUUGAAUGAUCUAAGAAAGGACGUACAGAAGCCAAUAGGAUUUGAUGCCAUAAUGAGGGUCAGGACAAGCACAGGUUUCAGAGCAACUGAAUUCUUAGGUUCCAUGUAUAUGAACAACACAACUGAUGUGGAGUUGGCUGCCAUUGACUGUGAUAAGGCAAUCACAGUAGAGUUCAAACAUGAUGAUAAACUCAACGAAGAAAAUGGAGCUUUAAUUCAGUGUGCCCUGCUGUACACUAAUGUUGCUGGACAGAGACGGCUGCGCAUACAUAACCUGGCUCUAAACUGCAGCUCUCAGCACACUGAUCUGUACAAGAGCUGUGAGACAGAUGCACUCAUCAAUUUUCUUGCCAAAUCAGCUUACAAAGCCAUUCUAAGUCAACCGUUGAAGAUUGUGAAAGAGAUACUGGUUAAUCAAACUGCUCACAUCCUGGCCUGUUACAGGAAGAAUUGUGCUAAUCCCUCAUCAGCUGGGCAGCUCAUUCUUCCAGAGGCCAUGAAGUUGCUGCCUAUCUACAUGAACUGCCUCUUGAAGAGUUAUGUCUUACUCGGGAGCCCUGACAUUCCUACAGACGAGAGAACCUUUCAGCGGCUGCUGGUUACUUCUAUGGACGUGGAAGGCACACAAGCCUUUUUCUACCCAAAGCUGAUACCCAUCCACAAGAUUGAUGUAAACAGUGAGGAGAUUCCUGCGGCUCUCCGUUGCUCCGAGGAGCGUUUAGUAGAUGGGGGAAUAUUUCUAUUGGCAAAUGGAAUAAAUAUGUUCCUGUGGCUGGGACUGAACACACAACCUGAACUAAUUCAAGGCAUCUUUAACGUACCUACUUUUGCACAUAUCAACACAGAGUCGACAUCGUUACCUGAACUGGACAACCCUUAUUCAAGGAAGAUUCGGAUGAUCAUUGACAACUUAAGAAGUCAGAGCCCAUAUUCCAUGAAAUUGAUAAUAUUAAAGCAAAACGAGAAAACUGAGGGAAUUUUCAGGCAUUUCCUAGUAGAAGAUAAAGGGAUCCAUGGAGGAGCUUCAUAUGUGGAUUUCCUCUGUUCCGUACACAAAGAAAUUCGCCAGCUUCUUACCUAAGACCUGCCUCAACCCAUUGCCAGGAUUGCCUUAUCAUUCAACUCUACAGGAGAAGGGGGUUAGCGAGAAUGGCACACAGUCAGAUUAUGCAUUGUUGGAUUUUCUUCACAGCAUUUGUCGACAGUACCAGUGGCUUUCUGAAGAAGACAACUAAUUUGAAUGUUCCUGGAUUCUAGUAUUUACUGUUUUUUAGUAACACUCAUUUUAAUCAAAGUCUCACUGAUAAUGAAAUGGUUAGUAUUAAUUGCUGUUCUUUCGUUGCAAUAUCAGGAACCUGGGCAGUAACAAAUCGCAAGAUGGGUACCCAGCAAUAUAUCUGUCAGGUGCUUUUUGUAAAUAUUGAAUCCCUACCACCAAAUGAGUGGUCCUGAUGUGUGGCAAGAGAAAGCAGAGCAAUUUGGUAAAUCAUGCACAAAAACCUGUGACAUCCUCCUUUAAAAUAUUGUUCUCAGUUGCCAACAAUAUCUUUAUAUUGCAAGACUUUUAAUAUUCUAAUCACAAUGUAGUGCAGUUUGAGUGGACCAAAAGCCUAUGCAAUGUCUUAAUUUUGAUUUGGUUAUAUUAUCUAUAAUUAAAUCAGUCAAUAUUUAGUAUAGGCUCUCCAACAUAAAAGUGAUUAAUAAGUAAUGACCAAAUAUUUGUAUUGUGUUCUUCCAGUCAAUUACCCCUAAUAUCAGUCCCCUUAAGUUUGUAACCAGGAUUGGUUAACAUAUAUGCUAAAGGGUGAUGUAUAUGCUCAGCUGCCAGUGUAUUCACACUCCUUCAUCUAUGCGACAUCUUCAGAACUUAUCUUCCAUAAGAGUUUUUAAUAAUACCGAUACCAAAGCAGAAUAAGGGAAAUGUCCAAACCAUGUUCCAUUUCUAUUGUUCAUGUAUCCAAACCGAUCAGAACGAAUCGACAAAUGAAACAUGUAUUUUUAUUUUAAGGACCACAAUCUUGGAUUAUCCUCUUACUGUGGGUAUUCCCCUGUUUUGCCGGUGUGAUUAGACAGUGUUGAACAUUAAUAAUGGACUUAUGCUAAAUUUACUUCACAGCAGAAUCUUGUGUUCAACCACGCACAUUUGUAUGUCAGAUUUCCAUUUCUGAUGAACUUUCACAUUUUUACAAGUGACCACACAUGGAAUACAGCACAAAUGUUUGCUGUCUUAGGUACAGUAUUAAGUGAUAUGAAAUUAUUUUAAAAACAAUAUUUCAUCAGAAGAUAGAAUUACAAUUCUUUGAGUUUAGGUGUAAUGACAUGAUUUAGUUAAAGCCUACAAACCUCUCUAGUCACUUAAUGGUGGUGAAAUAAAGUUUCCACUGGCUGUGGAAACAAAUGUGCUUGACUGAGAUUGGAUUUUCACAUUCAAAGGGUUGUGACUGUGAUGUAGGGUAAGUGUUCAAUCUUUCAAGUUUUUAAAGAGAGCAGUUAACACGUCUAGGGAUUUCAGGGGAUUUGAAGGACAUGUAGAUUGUGCAGAAAGAUGGAAUUAGGGUGGAAGAUCAGCAAUGCAGAACAAUCUCAGACAUCACUCCUGCUAGUUUUUGUAUUUUUAUGCCGUAUCAACUGUGUUGAAUUGUAUUGUGUGCGUCCUGACAAUUGGUGAUCAUUACAACCUUUGAAGUUAAAGUAUCUUCAGAGAGGUGGAGCUAGAGUGGUGAGCAGUCAGCUCAGCGCUAUUCACUAAUAAGUAAUGUUUCAUAAAAGAGGAUGUCAACUAAAAUACAAAGCACUCUGGUGUUUAGAAGAAUGCGAGUGAGUCAAUUGAAACUACAUUCUCUGGCAAACAAAUAAUCUGCAGAUGCUGGAAAUCUGCUAUAAGCACAGAAUAUGUCAGCAGAAAAGGCAGCAUCUGUGGAAAUAGGAACAAUCAACAUUUCAGGCCUAAGGCCCUCUCAUUCACAAUUCUAUUAGAGGGUCACAUUGGCUGCUUCUCCUUCCACGGAUGCUGACAGACUUGACAUGCGAUUCCGGCAUUUUUCAAAAUUCUUAUGGGUCUUCAUAGGGUAAGUGUUUCCCUUUGACUGGAGAAUUUACAACCAGAAUAUUAUGGGUAUUUAUGGAGAUUGAGGGAAUUGAGGGAUAUGUAUUUAGCGUGGGAUAGUUGUGCCCAGGUAAAAGAGCAGCCUGGUGUUAUUGAAUGGCAGAGCAGGCCCAAGGGGUCAUAUCAUCCACUCCCACUUCGAUUUCCAAUGUUCUUAUCAAAGUAAUAAAGGAGACUGGGGUUUGCAUCAUAUGAUUGUAGCAGUUAUGUUUGGAUUGAGUUCACCAGUUCCACCUCAUGGAAGAAUGUAGGAGGGCAUCUUAUCUAUGUAGGUUUGGCAAGCACAUCUGCCAGAGGAGGAUAAUCUCAAGACCUAGCUAGCCAGCAAACCCAACACCUGCCCUCCACUCUCUUCA